AUGUUUGUAGACAACUUCCAGACAGCAAAAGAAGCUUUGAGCGCCGCCACGGCUCAGGCGGCGGAGAAGGCGGUGUCCAGCGUUCGAGACUUUGCCCAGAAGAGUUUCCGUCUUUCCAUGGAUAUCAAGCUGAAGGCGCCACUCAUCAUCAUCCCCCAGUCCUCCACCUCCCAGAAUGCAGUUGUGGUGGAUCUGGGUCUGAUCACGGUGGAAAACAGCUUCUCUCUGCUUCCUGUUGAAGGUUUCUCUCUGCCGGCGGUGGUGGAGAAGAUGGAUGUGAAGCUGACGCAGCUGAAACUCUCCAGAACUGUUCUGAAGCCGGACUCUUCUCAGCUCAUCUUCUCAGACAUCGAGUUACUUCAGCCAAUCAACUUGGAGCUGCUCGUCACCCGAAACCUUGCAGCUUCCUGGUUCACCAGGAUCCCUGGAGUCCAGGUCCAGGGAGUCCUGCAGUCGCUGAACAUGAGUCUGAGUGAGGAAGACCUCGGCGUGCUGAUGAAGAUCCUGGUGGAGAACAUCGGGGAGGGAAGUAAAGAGCACAACAUGGACGUCAAGAGUCAGGCAGCUCAAGGGAAGGCGGCGCUCGCUGAGCAGCAGGUGGAGGUGAUGUCACCACAGGUGGGAUCUGCUGCGAUCCCGCCCACCAUCGGAGCUCCGACUGAAAACAUCGUCAACGUCCUGCUGAACUUCAAAAUCAAAGAGGUGCUGUUGACCCUGAAGAAGCCCAGAGACAAGACGGAGACGCCGUUCCUCGUCCUUCACGUCGCUCACCUGGGCAUCGACACCAAAGUCAGGAAGUACGACACGUGUGCCACGACGUACAUCAAGGAGAUCACCAUGAAGUGCCUGGAGUUCAAAGACUCGAGCGGCGAGCCGCUGUGUCUCGUCAGCUCGUCCGUGGAGUCUGGAGCUGAGCUGCUCAAAGUGCAGUACUUCAAGGUGAUGACAUCAGUCAG